AUGGGAUAUAAGGAUGAUGUGAUCAUGCUCUCUAAGUUUAAAAGGUCACUAUUACCACCUGUAUGGAAUGCCCUAUUUACCAUUCUGUUUUGUUGUCUUUCUGAGAAGAUUACUAGUUCAGACAAUGCAAACAAAGUGUUUCAUACUUUGCUUUAUGCAUUCUAUUCUGGUGAGAAGAUUGACAUUGGUCAAAUUAUAUGGGUUCAAUUUACCCAAAGUAUUUCAUCUUCAACUAAUAAUACUAAUAUCUCCUCUGUGAUAUUUUGGUCUAUUGUGGUACGCAACGCUUGUGAUCACUUCAAGGUUCCUACCAUGGCUAAUGUUCAUAUGGCCAAUUUUGUUGUGAUAAAUACUACCACGUUAUGA